GAGAGAGAUGGGGGAGUCUGAUGAGGAACUGAUGGUCGAGCAGGACCAUCCAUGGGAAGACCGAACACUGAACCUCCUUCAAGACUCCAAGAUAGACGAAGAACUUUCGGGAGGCAAGAAGAAUCAGAAGGUCUGGAAGAAGCACAAGCUGAAAUGGAUGAAGAGGCCCAUGGGCAUCCCCGACGUGAUAUUGGAGAUCCGAGGGGAGGAUAUCAGAGAGAACGCACUUAGGUGCCUGAGCAAUUUCCUUCUUGAGAAAAGGGAAGAAGAUCCUGAGAACUAUCAUAGGUCGGGCUUCUUGCUGUUCCAUUCAUUUGGCACCAUGGCAAUCUUGUUGCAGGAAGUAAUUGAUGCAACCAUGAAGAUGGUGAAUGGAAAUCUUGGCGUCAGAGACUCCAGGAGGCUAACCAAUGUUCUCACCCUGUUUCAGGCUGUAGCUGCCAACACGGAGACCAGGUUCAGUUUUGUGCAAUCACACAUACCAGAUUUUAUCAUUCCUCUCAUAUUAUUUGAGAGUAGGGAAGAGAUGACUGACAACGUGCGAGCUAUCUCCCUUUCUGUCAUUGGGAUUCUAUGCCAGGCAAGGGAACCGGAGAUCAUUCAAUGGGCCAUUGAGAACAAUAUUGUGGACGUCUGUGACACUGCAAUUAGGAUUAGCAGUGAACUCUGCAAAGUGAUAGCAAUGCACAUACUUGAAGCAAUACUCCAGGACAGCAAGGGUAUCUUGUACAUCUGUGAUCCUCAUUCCGAUCAGCAACUGAGGAGGUUAAUUGAGAGAAUGAUCAUUUUGGUCGAUGUUCUCUCUGUGAAUCAAGACUCCUCUCCACGUUUACUCUUCCACAUUAUCAGGUGUUUUGUGCUUCUCUGCACUCAUACCAGAGGUUUCACUGCUGUCGUUGAAAGUUUACCUGUCGCUCUCAUGAAUAACUCAUUUCAAGAGAUCAUGGAGGAGUUCCCAAUCAUAGGGAAACUUCAUGAACAGCUUCUACUGAGUAUUGGAAAGGCAACUGACGUUUCUCUGCUGCCGACUGGUGAAGGAUGCGAACAAACAAGAGAGACGAAGACCAACUGGAGAAGUGAUGCUAUUGGCGCUUCUGCCUCUGCAUCCGAAGAAUCGCCGCUACUGCGACCAAUAGACCUGAACAGAACCGAUUGGUCGCGAUUGCCCGAUGCUCAUUGCCCAUUCAUGUUACAUUCGGGCAAAGAAAACUAGAGUCCACUGUCCUUCUUUGAUCCUCCCGUACACUGGCUUAAAUUUUUUUCUUUUUCCUUGUAAAUUCAUUGUUUGCGCUUGUA